AUGGCAGGUCAAAAGCUACUCUCUUUACUGAUUAUAGCUCUCUUUGUUACUUUUGCAGCUGCGGCUCGGCUUCUUGAUGAAGAAGAUACAUUCUCCGCCACAACCACCUCAGGCUCUGCCUCAACUACUGGAUCAGGUUCAGGUCCUUUACCAGCGUCUGGCUCAGCUUCCACGGGGACCGGUUUGGGUGCAGGUACAGGGUCAAUACCAUUAACCGGUUCAGGUCCCACAGGAACCGGUUUCGGUUCAGGAACAGGGCAAGUAUCAUCAAGUGGUUCCGGUCCUUUACCAACCGCAGGUUCUGUUCCUUUACCGGUUGGUGGUCCAGGUAUUGGUUCAGCUCUUGGUGGUAGUGGUGGUGGUGCUGGUGUAGGUGCUGGUUCAGCUCUUGGUGGCGGUGGUGGUGGUGGUGGUGGUGGUGGUGCCGGUGCAGGUGCUGGUUCAGCUCUUGGUGGUGGUGGUGGUGGUGGUAGUAGUGCAGGUGUUGGUUCAGCUCUUGGUGGUGGUGGUGGUCCCAGUGCUGCUGGUGGUGCCGGUGCAGGUGUUCGUUCAUCUCUUGGUGGUGGUGCUGGUCCUGACAACACAUUGGUAUUCUUUAUGCACGACAUACUCGGUGGUUCGAAUCCCACAGCCAGAGCCGUAACCGGAGUUGUGGCUAACCCGGCUUUAAGCGGCCAACUCCCAUUCGCUAAACCGAACGGCGCAAACCUUCCAAUAACCAACGGAGUUCCAUCGAACAACAACAACAACGGAAUCGUCAACAACAACAACGUCCCUCUACUAGUCGGACUCGGCGGAACAACGGCCAGCAUUCUCCAGAACAACGGAAAUAACGGAAACAACAACAUGUUAAACGGUCUUCCCGUUGCGAACGGCGGUCAGCUUCCGAGCGGUUCUGCUCUUCAGAUGCUUAUGUUCGGGACAAUGACGGUGAUCGACGAUGAGCUAACCGAAGGGCACGAGCUCGGGUCUGGUUUGCUAGGGAAAGCGCAGGGAUACUAUGUGGCGAGUGCGGUUGAUGGAACUAGCCAGACGAUGGCGUUUACUGCCAUGUUUGAGAGUGGUGGUUAUGAAGAUAGUAUAAGCUUGUUUGGAGUUCAUAGAACCGCGGCUUCGGAAUCACAUUUAGGAGUUAUGGGAGGUACAGGGAAAUAUGUGAACGCUAGAGGAUUUGCGAUUGUGAAAACGUUUACUGGAUCAAGCGGGGCGCAGCAGCAGCAACCGCAUCAGUUUACUGAUGGGCUUGAGACUGUUCUGCAAUGUACCGUUUAUCUAUCUUACUAA